AUGGCUACUACUAUAGAUAGAAGAAGACUUUUAGGCCCAGCUAACGCUAAACCAUUAGUUUUUGCUCCCCUACCAGAAGAGUAUCAACAAAAACUACAAAUUGAUGCAUCAAAAGAAGAUGAUAUCGAAUCACAAAUCACAAGAACAUUCAUCAAAUCAGGGCUUAUAACAAACGCUAAUGGCUCAUCAUUUUUAGAAUUGGAUGGGAAUAUUGUAUCUAUAUCAGUUUAUGGACCAAGACCAAUUAGAGGUUCAUUCGUGGAAAAGACAACAUUGAGUGUUAACUUGGAAGAUAAUACUGGUUUAUUUAAUGAUUUGCUAAACAAAAAAUUUUGUCAAUAUAUCGAAAACAAUUUCCUCAGUGUGAUAAAUUUAUCCAAAUAUCCAAAAUCAGGUAUUGAUAUUUUCAUAAAUAUUAUUUCAGUUCAAGAUAUUGAUCAACUAUAUUUAAAGUUAUUAAGUCUAGUUUCAGAUGCAACUACUUUGGCUAUCAUCGACGCUGGUAUUGAAAUUAUAGAUUUAGUUGUUUCAAGUUUCGAUUAUGAAAAUAAUACAGUUUUAAGUUAUAUUAAAAAUGACGAGAUUGUGGGGAUCUUAGGUGAGUCUGAAGAUUCCAUAGAGAAUUUAUCCAAAAUUAUUGAAAAGACUCAAAAGAAAUCAAUACAUGUAAAGAAUGCAUUGACAACUCACUUGAUAAGUACAAGUCAAUAA